GCUGACCCUGGGAUCAACACAUCUCACUGCAUAUUCAUAAGCUGUUGCCCCUGCACCAGCCAUGGCAGCUUCCAGCAGCAGCAGCAGCGAGGAGGAGCGCAGCCUUCGGGAGUGUGAGCUUUACGUCCAAAAACACAACAUCCAGCAGCUUCUGAAGGAUUGCAUCGUGCAGCUGUGCACCGUCAGGCCCGAGAGACCCAUGGGAUUCCUCAGAGAGUACUUUGAAAGAUUGGAGAAGGAAGAAACCAAACAGUUGUUGAACCAACAGAAGUCUGGCUCUCGCUCGGACUCGCGGGAGGAUGAGAUCUCUCCUCCUCCUCCCAUGAACCCUGUGGUGAAGGGCCGAAGGCGGCGUGGGGCCAUCAGUGCAGAAGUCUACACAGAAGAGGAUGCUGCAUCUUAUGUUAGAAAGGUUAUUCCAAAAGAUUAUAAGACUAUGGCUGCUUUGGCCAAAGCUAUUGAGAAGAAUGUGCUGUUUGCCCAUCUGGAUGAUAACGAAAGAAGUGACAUCUUCGAUGCCAUGUUCCCCGUCACGUACAUCGCAGGAGAGACUGUCAUACAGCAAGGUGAUGAAGGAGAUAACUUCUAUGUUGUUGAUCAAGGAGAAAUGGAUGUCUAUGUGAACAACGAGUGGGCGACCAGCGUCGGUGAGGGUGGGAGCUUUGGGGAGCUUGCCCUUAUCUAUGGAACCCCCCGUGCUGCCACGGUCAAAGCGAAGACCAACGUGAAGCUGUGGGGCAUUGACAGAGACAGCUAUAGGAGGAUCCUGAUGGGGAGCACUUUGAGAAAGAGAAAGAUGUAUGAGGAAUUCCUUAGUAAAGUAUCUAUAUUGGAAUCUCUGGACAAGUGGGAGCGUCUCACUGUAGCUGAUGCAUUGGAACCUGUACAGUUUGAGGAUGGCCAAAAGAUUGUGGUCCAGGGAGAGCCAGGAGAUGAGUUCUUCAUUAUCUUGGAGGGCACAGCUGCAGUGUUACAGCGUCGGUCAGAAAAUGAAGAAUUUGUUGAAGUAGGCAGACUGGGACCUUCUGAUUAUUUUGGUGAGAUAGCUCUGCUGAUGAACCGUCCCCGUGCUGCCACCGUGGUCGCCCGUGGCCUGUUGAAAUGUGUGAAGCUGGAUCGGCCCCGCUUUGAACGUGUCCUGGGCCCCUGCUCAGACAUCCUCAAGAGAAACAUCCAGCAGUACAACAGUUUUGUAUCACUGUCUGUCUGAAACCUUCCUCCCCCUCCAGAGCCUGCUUCACUGUCGCCACUGGCAUUUGCAGCUUCCUGUCUGUUUAAAACAAAAAUAAUUAAAAAAAAAA